GGCUGAAGCGCAACAGAUGAGCGCACACAUACAGCUUCAGCUCCGCUGCUCUGGAUAUCCGACACGCUCAACAGCAUGAACACAAACGACGCCAAGGAAUACCUUUCCAAGCGACAGAUCCCUCACCUGUUUGAGAGCAUGUUAACAGGGCUGAUGUACCACAGACCCGAAGACCCUUUGGCGUUCUUGGACAGUUGCCUGCAAAAAACACGAGACCUGGGGGGUCCCGAGCACAUCGCCUGGGACACUUUCAUCACGCCGGAUCGGAAACCACUCCCACCGAUUUCCCCAGCGCAGGGCAAACCCCCCCCCUGCAAACUGGAUGGUGGCACUGGGCCUGGCCCUUACCGGCGAUAUGACAGGCUGCCACCAAUUCAAGCGCAGUUCUCAAUAGAAAGCGACUCGGACAUGACAGAAUCCUCCGGGCUCAUACAAGAGUAUGACGUCUUUGACCCGUCCAAACCACGACCGCACAUCAUAUUCAUCAUAGGGGGGCCAGGCAGCGGCAAGGGAACUCAGACGGCUAAAAUUGCACAUCACUAUGAUUUCCAGCACGUGUCGGUAGGGGAAAUUUUAAGGAACCAGUUGUUGCAUCACGCCCCCAGCGAUCGCAAAUGGGAACUAAUUGCUCAGAUUAUUGCCAAUGGAGAACUGGCACCUCAGGAGACGACUAUUGAGGAGCUGAAACAUCAGUUUAUCAAGAAGCAAGAUGCCAAAGGAUUCAUUGUGGAUGGAUUUCCCAGAGAGAUAUCACAGGCGUUCACCUUCGAGGAGCAGAUUGGCUCUCCAGAUUUGGUGAUCUUGCUGGCCUGCUCCAAUCAACAACUCCGGCAGCGUUUAGAAAAAAGAGCCUCUCAACAGGGUCGUCCCGACGACAACACUCACGCGAUCGAGAAGAGACUAGAUACAUUCAAACACAACAUCUCGCUCAUAGCCAAGUACUAUCAGGAGAGAGGUCUUAUCGUGAGGGUGGAUGCUGAUCGAGAUGAAGACGACAUUUUCACAGACAUCUGUGCCAUUGUGAAAGAGAGCCUGACACAUGCAAGCAGUACUGAGGAGCUUUAAAGGAACUUAUCGAUAUUCAAGCAAACAUCUAUUACCAGCCAAACAUUCGUUUUCCAUAAUGUUUUAUGAAUAAACUUUCUCUUUCCAUAUUUAC